CACCCGAAGCCGAAGGCGUUUCUCUCUGCAUCAAUUUGAGAAGAGUAAUGGAGGAGGAAGAGGAAGAGCAGCAAAACUGGGAGCGAAAGCAGCAGAGGAAAAGCUCCGUAGUGAUAAAGAUACCAUCUUAUCAGGAAGUCAUUGAGAGCUCACAGUCGAAGUCAACCCCGCCAUCUCUCUUCAACCCUUCCCAGUCCUUCUCUCAGGCCUUCUCCUUCAUCAAAUCCUCUGAGUUCUACAUUCCACCUCCCCCACCAUCCAAUGCAUCCUCCUCUUCCUCUUCGCAUUUCGCACAGGCCUCCAACGACACCGUUUCAAGGCAAACUAGUCAAUCAGAUGCACCAUCUUCUUCAUCAUCAUCAACUUUUGCUGCUGCUACUUCAUCAACGCUGCCAACAUCCCUUGCCACGCAGAACCGCAAUGCAAUUCUUGUGAGCCACAGACAGAAGGGAAACCCCUUGCUCAGACAUAUAAGGAAUGUGAAGUGGGCUUUUGCAGAUAUUGUUUGUGACUUCUUACUUGGUCAAAGCUCAUGUGCUCUCUAUCUGAGUCUUCGGUAUCAUCUGCUGCACCCAGACUACUUAUAUUUCCGUAUCAGAGAACUCCAAAAGAAUUUCAAGCUUCGCGUCGUCCUAUGCCAUGUUGAUGUGGAAGAUGUAGUCAAGCCUUUACUUGAAGUGACUAAGACAGCUCUGCUUCAUGAUUGUACCCUAUUAUGUGCUUGGAGUUUGGAGGAAUGUGGUCGGUACUUGGAGACGAUAAAAGUCUAUGAGAACAAGCCUGCAGACAUUAUUCAAGGCCAAAUGGAUACGGACUAUCUAUCACGGCUAAAUCAUGCUCUUACAACAGUUCGACGUGUUAACAAGACUGAUGUAGUCACCCUUGGUACUACAUUCGGGUCCCUUUCUCAUAUCAUGGAUGCAUCCAUGGAAGAUCUAGCUCGAUGCCCUGGAAUAGGAGAGCGCAAGGUAAGACGCUUGUAUGACACUUUUCAUGAGCCAUUCAAGCGUGUGGUUUCCAGCCGCCCUGCUGUCUCAGAGACUCCUGGCCAGGACAAUGCUGAACCUUGCUCAGUGAGUGAAGAAAAGGAAGAGGACACGUCCACAGAAGAUGCAAACAAACGUAAGAAGAAAGAACCUGAAUUGACGGUUAAAUCAGCCCUGUCAGCUGCUUUUGCCAAGUAUGCUGAUAAAGCUGGUAAAAAGAACACAUAGUCAAUAGCAGAGAAGAGAGGAGAAACAUGGGUUGCUUUGGAAUAAGAAGCUCAAAAAUAAAGAGAUUGGAAGGUCGGGAUCACCCAAUUUUGUGCACCCAGUGAUUCUGCACUACAGAAAAUCUUAGAGGUAUUGUAACAUUUAUUUCUCUAUGCAGAGAAUUAUUGUAACUUGUAUGUAUAUAUAGAUUGCCUAGAAUUACAGUCGUACCGUAUAAUUAACUAUCAUCUUCCGCAAUGAAAUUGAGCUGUCUUUUUAUAA